AUGCCAAGUGCGACUCCAUCAUCAUCGUCGAUGGUACUACGAGUGUAUCAAGUUUUAUCGGAAGACGAUAAUGAGGUUGACAAUCAAGUGACAUCAAUUGUUGCAACCCAUACGAUCGUGUUGGGCAAAGGUUUAGAAGCAAAUUUUAAGCUUUUCGAGGAUUUGGACGUGGAUGCAGCUCAUGGGACAUUGGAACGAACGCUAGGACUAGGAAUUUGGGUCUAUAGUGAUCAUAGUCGUGAUGGAUCGAUGCUGAAUGAGAAUCAUCGUGUACAUAAUGAUGCAGUGGUAGUACAUCAUGGUGAUAGAUUGAAACUAGGUCGAAUGGAAAUUGAAUUGAAUUUUGAUAGGGAAGUGACGGAAGUAGUUCAGGAAAAGAAAAAGAACUUGGAAGAGAAGAAAGUAGAGUCACCAAUUCGUAUUAAUCAUGAAUCAAGGAUGAGUGUACGAAAUGUUUCUCGAAUGGAUCAACGUAGAGCGUCGGUUACGAGCGGGUCAGUGGGUACCAUGUCCAAAUUGCAGCAAGCUAAGGAGCGAUUGCCUCGUAUUGAAACGUCGGGACUUGGAUAUGCUGCAGUUGAAUCGAUGAAGACGCCUCCGGAAUAUACGGCAUUGCCUAUUUCUGGAACGCAGUGGCGUAGGAAACGAAAUCCCAGUGAUACAACAACGGCAAUGACAGCAAGAACUUUGCCGUCGCCUCUUUCAGAGCAGCACGGACAUACACACUCCUUUCAUCGUCCUUAUGCACGAUGUGUUCAGGGUUUAAACAUGCCAUUCAUAUCAAUACGUAAGCAUCCGGAGGUAAAAGAUUCACGAAAGUGUGAUCUCCCACCACCAUUAGAAUAUUCGGACUCGCCUGCUGUAUCGCCGUCGUCUUUAGCGGCAAGGCAGCGCUACAACCUCUCCUAUCAAUUGCCAAGUAGUGAAACAGUUCCUGCUUCUGGAUUGUUACCAGAAGUACCGCCACCCUCGAUAAGUGCAGGUGUCCGACUGAGCUCACGGCGUGACGAUCUUCGCAUUCAAGUGUCCAAGAAGAUGGCUGCAGCAGCGCCUGUAGGUGCUAAUGUAUUCCGAAUAGAUCCAAAAGCACUGGAAUUUCAGCCACCUGCGUCGCCCGUGGCACAGCGAGACCUUAUAAAGCAGCAGAAAUUGCUGCAGACUAUUUUGCAGCACAAAUUUGAUGAGGAACAACUUCUCAAGCAGCAGCAAGAGGAAUGGAUGAGACAAAACUUGAUGUCGGUCACCUUUGACGACAAGGAGUUGCAAUUUUCUACGUUGCGUCCUCUCCAGCCUCCUACCGGAAGUGAAAAAUGGUCGCUUGACACUGGUCCAAAUGAGUUCGUACUAUAUCCCGCCACGGAUUUAGUGCCCUCACACACACUUUCACUUGGACGUAGCCAGGAAGAGCAUAUUGUAAAACCAAGUCCACGACUUCCAGUGCCCACACAAACUUCCCGAGCAUCAUCCAACAGCAUUGAAGAAAGACCCAAUGAACGCAAAUACCAUGGUCGGGAUGGACAUCAUAAUACCACCGAUCUUGUACUAAGUCCAAGCACAAUAAGCAAAUGGGAGGACAGAAGUUGUACUGCUGCCAAGGAAAAUGAGCUUUGCAGGUCAGAUGAAAGCAUUCUUUCGACAGCAACUACGGUGAUUGCUUGUCGCCGGCGUAUCACGAGCUCACUUUCAUCAAGCUGUACCAGCUCCGUUGGCCUUUGUGAUUUUCUUGGUUAUGAGGAAGAUAAAGAUACUGAAGACAUGGUCACGUCCUACACAACUGCAGAUGUACACGGCUCGGCUGAUGUGCUACGUGCUUGA